ACGAAGGAGCCGCAGUCCUCCUCUCAUGUUUAUUUCUGCUCUGGAGCUUGGCCGUUCCGCUGCGAAGACGCGUUUAAUCUCCUCUAAGAUGAAAAACAACGUCUGGUAAGGACCUGUUAUAACAAAUGGCAUGCAAAUACGCGUCACGCGUCCUUGUGUAACAUUAUAGACUGUCAUAGUUAUAACCAAAGGCUUGAGUUUGAUCGGAUUCAUUCAUUUGGUCCCACUUAAUCGGACAAGUGGUCCUUCGGUUUAUUAACUUAAGAGGAUCGGCUUCGAAGGCACACGGUUAAAUCAGUGUUCAUGCCGGACUUUGAGCAUUUCAGAUUUUCCUACUCCAGAAUGAAUCCUGUAUUGGGAGAGAACGUGUAUCCGUUCCAGCAGAACCAGAUGACGGGCUUCGCGGACUCCGCUUCUUCAGGCCACUGGACCGAUCCAGCGGGCCUUUUCUUAAGCGAACACACGAGUGGCAUCGGGCAAGAUGGGUUGGACCUAGGAGCUUUACCUCCUCCGGGAACACCGUAUCUACACCUGGGUAACUAUCUCCACCGGGUUUCUCCACCUCCUCCUGCCGCUGCGGCCCUGCGUAACGACCUGGGAUCCAACAUCAGCGUCCUCAAAACUCUGAAUUUGCGUUUCCGCUGCUUUUUAGCCAAAGUACACGAACUGGAACGCAGGAAUAAAGUAUUGGAAAAGCAGCUGCAACAGGCUUUGGAGGAGAGCGCGGAGUGUGUAGAAAAUAAAAAGCCUUUAACGAGAGAUGUUGGAGUUCAAACCGGCUUCGUUGGAUUGAUUCCCGUCAGGCCCGACUUGAUACCCAUUCAGAACGCGAACGACACCGCAUAUCUGUCCGGAGCCUUGCUGUCACCGACUCUCAAUAACACCAUCCUCCCUCUCGAGUCCAAUAAAAGUACAACAAUAUUAGAAAACCUGAACCCAUCCAAUCUGACGGACUCUAAUUCCAACCUCACCCCAAAUUUCCCCAUCAGCCCGAUUGAUCCUGCUCCAAAAACAUUCGGCAAUGUUAGCGCGAAGUAUGUCAAUACUGGGAUCGGCUGUAGCAGCUACCCUCCACCCAGAUUUCACCCUGGCACGGUGUGGUCGUAUAAUCAGAGGUACAGCACCGGGCGUGAGUCGCGGGUCUCGGGUCCGGGUGUGUCGUCGUGGGUGCCUCCAGACGGAGUGGGUGUCCAGAUCGACACCAUCACCCCAGAGAUCCGGGCCCUGUACAAUGUGCUCGCCAAGGUAAAGAGGGAGAGAGACGAAUACAAACGGAGAUGGGAAGAGGAAUACACAAUGCGGGUGGAUCUACAGGAAAAAGUUGCAGACCUUGAAGAGGACCUGCAGGAGAGCGAGGUGUGUCAGGAUGAACUUGCUCUGAGGGUUAAGCAGCUUAAAGCAGAGCUGGUUCUGUUUAAAGGUCUCAUGAGCAAUAAUCACUCUGAUUUGGACAGUAAGAUUCAGGAGAAGGCCAUGAAAGUGGACAUGGACAUCUGUCGCAGGAUUGACAUCACAGCUCGUCUGUGUGAUGUAGCCCAACAGAGAAAUUGCGAAGACAUGAUUCAGAUCUUCCAGCAAGUAGCUACACCUCCGUCAACCUUGACCCGCCGUCCUCGAAAACCAGCACCACAGACAGUCAGGGCGAAUGAGAGCGAUGAACCAGUAAGCAUCUCUGAAAGUGAGGAGAGCGGGAAUAAGGAGGUGGAGCUUUGUUGCUCAUCAACCAAUCAGAUCAAUGAGGAGAUGCAGAGGAUGCUCAACCAAUUACGUGAGUGUGAGUUCGAGGAUGACUGUGACAGUCUUGCGUGGGAAGAGACUGAGGAAACUCUGUUACUCUGGGAAGAUUUUCCAGGAUACACCUUCAGUGUUGAGAACCAAGGAGAACAGGAUGAGUCCAUAGAGGAAGUGAUAAAGGACACAGAGUCCCUUUUCAAGUCCCGUGAAAAGGAAUAUCAAGACACCAUUGACCAAAUUGAGUUGGAGUUGGCAACUGCUAAGUCUGAUAUGAACAGGCAUUUGCAUGAGUAUAUGGAGAUGUGCAGCAUGAAAAGAGGCCUGGAUGUUCAGAUGGAGACCUGCAGACGAUUAAUCACUCAGAGUGGAGACAGAAAAUCCCCUCUUCUCGUUUCGGUUGCUGUGGAGGAGGGAGAGAAUGCGGAGAAGGAGAGGAAAAAAGCAACUGCGGCAAAUCCUGACAGCGCUGAACCGUAUAAUGACUUGCAGUCGAACUCUGCUGUCCCGGACCACACAUGGAAAAAGGCUUAGGAGCUUUUAUAUCCCUCCAGCAACACAGAAAUAGCUGCAAUUAUAAAUGUACGGCAAUUAUCCUUUCAUAACAAAGACUGUGAUGCUGCAGCAAGAAUCCACAGUAAAUGGGUUAUAGUUACCUUCUGAAAGGCAAGUAACCAUGUGUGGUUUCACUAGUGCCCUCUAUUGGAAUACACCGUUAAUAGUCAAAAAAAUCCAUUAUUUGCACUUCCAGCAUGUAGCAUUAUAUUAAUUCUGGCCAAAAAUAUGAGGCCAGAUGUGAUAUCACUCUUUCUAGAUUACAUAAUUUUAUUUAUUUUUAUGCAGAUAAACACCAGGGUCAUUCCUGUUAUGUAGUACCUUUUGAAUGCUGUAAUUUGUCAUUUAAGGAAGAUAUUUAAAUGAGGACUUUAAGAAAUAUGUUCUAGUUAAGACGGCACUUCAUUAUAAUAUGAUGCAAUUUCCUGGAAAAUGAUGUCAAAAGGGAACUGGCAUUUGUUAGAUGAUUGGAAGAAGAAAAAAAAACGUUUUGAAUGGAGAAAGAACGAAAAAUAAGGAAACACCUGAAAUGUUUCUAAAUUACCAUUGUAUCAUCAAGUUUUACUUAAAUUUAUUUAUGAAACUAUAUGAAUUUUACAAAAUUAGCUAAAAAGAAUUUAACAUUUGAAUUGCUAGUUAUAUAUGUGUAUAUAGUAUAGCAAACACAAGGCAAACCAACAAUAGGGUUUUUUAACCUGGGAUACUCAAAUAAUAAGAGCAAGUUAUUAAUUUUUGAAAAAGCACUUAGCAGUUUAUGCAUCAGCUCCCAGUGAUGCCAGCGAUAUGAUAAGUGAUAUUUAAAUAGGUCUACAGUCAACUUUUUGCAGCUCUGAGUGGAGAUAUUUAGUGCUCAACACUUUGGCGUGAAGUGCACACUGAAGUGAAGUGUGGGUGUCUGCUUUCAUUUUCUGAUUUAUUCUGUGAUUUUGUGCCGUGGGUGAAUGACUAAUCAUUGGCCUUGUUAUUUGUGUUUCUUGUUUGAAGAUGUCUAAAUCUUUAGCGUUGUGUCAUUAUGCACUGUAACCUACCUUUGAUCGCUUAGCCUCAGUCAAUGUCUUUAGCCAUUUAGUUGCAUUAACAUUAUCAAAUAGAGAUGCUCAAGUGAAUUUCAUUAGAUUCACUCUUUGAGGGCCAGGUUACAAAAACAGUUUACAAAGGUCAUUCUUAAAGUGCAUCUGGCUCAAAAAAGAAAUAAAAUAAAAAAAUACAGAAAUGGCAAGUGACGUCAGUGUAAAUAAAAAGCCAAAACAAAUCGCUUAGUUAGGUCAAAAAAGUCAAUAUGAGAGUCAUUAUGCACUUAUGCAUAAGUGAUGACUGAACAUGUUAAGUGCUGCUGAGGGCGAUGUAUUCCACUCUCUAAACUGAACUUCUCCCACGCUAUUUAUCUAUUUAUUUUUUUAUUUGUUUAUUUGUUUAAUUAUUUAUUUGAAUAAAGAGGGAUCUCAAUUUUAGCCAAAGCAACUCAAGACUUCAGAGUCAGAAACUGAAACAGCAGUUAGUUUCAGUUUAAAUUGAAGGACUAAACAACUGGAUACACUUUAAAAACAUUUUGUAAUCCCAACAAAUCACUUACUGAUGAAAAUUUACAUUCGUAAUUCUAAUUAUGAGUCAGUAUUCUGGAUAUUUCUGUCUUUUGUUUGCUUUAUCUUGUGUUUUGUUUCUACAUUUAUCAAGUUAUCAGUGCUUUACUGAUAAUUACUGACAAAACAAACUGUAAAGGAAAAGCUCAACUAACAUAUUUGUAUAUCAAGGUGCCUGGGAAAUUUCUGGAAGUUUAUUGUAUUUAUACUUGAAGGCACUUUACUGGCACACAUCUGCUUCACAACCUUCAUAAUAAUGCUAAUAAUGUCUGUCCGCUUAACUCUCAUUAGCAACAACAUGUAAUAGUUGUAGAUGUUUUCUUGUAGAUGUAAACCAUGGAAACAAUAGAGCUUCUUCUGUGAUUAUUCAGUCAUAGCCUACAGUAAAUUACCAUGACAACUCAUGCAGAAGUGUAGCUAUGGUUAACAUGAAUGUAAGCAGGACUGUGUGAACUGCAUUGUACAGAACAAAGUGAUAUUAUGCCAUUUAUUACACUCUUAAGGUCUUGGGCUCAACAUGGUCCAAAGUCUUAGUUUGUAAUAUGAUGUUAAAUGAAGUGGUUGAUAUAAAAAGGAGAACUGUAAUUUAAUGAAUGUUUAAAAUUAAAUGUUGAUCAGUGUGUUAUGAAUAGAAUGUGAAUUAGGGGGAUUUUAUUCCUCAAAACACAGGAACAAAAUUGCUGAUUGGUGGUUCUGUGAGGCCAUGUUCGAAAAGGGCUUCUAAACUCUGCUGUUGGUUUAGGAAUGUUUUUGUGCAAUAGACUACUAUUUAUUACAAAUAUGAAAUUGUUCUGAUUCUAGACAUCUGAUAUCUAGAUUAAUGAAAUUUGAAAAGAUGGCCUCAAACCAGAAAAUGAAAAACUGUGUACAGAUAUUUUGAUGGACAAGCUGAAAAUAAAUUAUUUUAGU